AUGUCAAAUAACAAUAAUAAUUAUCCUAGAAGAAGUCACAGAGAACCCUUAACAAUCUUAGAUUUCAACCUUCCCAGUUCUCGCAACAAGCCUACAAUCAAUAACAAAGACCCCUUAUCGACCAACUUAUCGCUGUUUGAUUAUUAUGAUUUUGGUAAACUGAAAAGAAGGAAGGAAAAAAGAGAUAGAAGAUAUGAUACUUAUAAAAUAGAUCAUCUUACCACUAGAGUUACCGCCACUUCUACUAAUAAUUACCUUUUUGAUUUACAUUCCAUACAUAAUAAGAUUAAUAAAAAAAAAAAAAACGAAAGAAGAAAACAACUGGUAGCAAAAUUCAACGAACCAAAUGUUAUAUAUACAAAUGCUUUAAAAUUUUUCCAAAAUUCCGCACUCACCUCCUCCGAAAACACCACUAGCAGUGGGAAUAUGCAAAAAUAUUUGAAAAAUAUAGAGAUUCAGUCCAAGUUAGAAAAAAACCUAGAAUAUGAUAUAGACCUUGAGAUUAUAGAAAUUUGUAAUACCAGUCCAUUUCAAAAAGGAUACUCUUUGUGCCCUACUCAAGUUAAAGAGAACAAGACCAUUAUCAUAAAGGGAGCACUAAUAGAAAAUAAUAAAUCUCUAAGCAACAACAACACAUAUAUAUUACAAUCUCCUUUAGCAUCCGAAGUAUUAUUAAAAGAAAAUAAAAACAUACAAAUAUCCUCUAAAUAUUCUAUAGAAAUUUAUAAAGGGCUAAUUUGGUGUCUAAAAUGGAGAUUAGUCUCUCUAACUUGA